AAUCAUGCAAAUAUUCAUGAAUAAGUAGUAAUCAGAGUGAACAACUAGAUAUAAUACAUUUAUAAUUAAUUAUAUAGUUGUUUAUGAUUUGAUUAUCUCUUAUUCAUAUAUUUUAUGUGUUAGUAUUAUAUAAUUAUUUUUUACUUGACCAAGACUCGUAGGCUUGAGCUUGUACACACUAAUUUAUGAAUAGACCAGAUAUUAACCUAUCACAGCAAUGGCAGCUGCGACACAGAAAAUUGAGAAAGUGAUGCCUCUCUUACUCCGAUUGGAGAAGAACAAAAACGACUACUUUCCGCAGGCGGUUUCGUUGGGUCCGUACCACCACGGCGAACCGGAUCUCGCUUUCGUGGAGGCCUUCAAGCCUAAAGCCGUCGAGUUGUUCGUAUCGGGCGGCCCGGAGAUAUACGACGAGUCGUUGUACCGCAGCAAAAUUGUUGACAUCAUUUGUCAGAUACGAGGAUGCUACGAGGAAAGCACGAUCGGUAAGUACUCGGACGAUGAGGUAGCCGCAAUGAUGCUUCACGACGCCUCGUUGAUGAUAAUCUACAUGGAGAUGAGUGUACUGGACGAGACAGAUCAGCAGCCAGAUGAGUUGAUGAUGAACAAGAUUCUGGCGAUGAUGGAUCAUCUUGGCAUGUUGACGUUAGCGAUUCUGUCGCGUGACUUGCUGUUGCUUCAGAAUCAGAUCCCUUUAUGCGUGGUGGAGCUUUUGAUGGAUUUAAGAUACGGGCAAGGCAAAGGCGAAUACGAAAACUUGCUUAACAGAUACAUGAAUAUGGCCAUCUUCGGAGAGUAUCGCCAGAAAAGAAUAACUAGGAAGCCUCUUCACCUCGUUGAAGCCAUCCACAUGCUACUCGUCUUGGACUGUGAGAAAACCACCCGCAGAUGCCCAUGGCUCUGCUGCUUCAAUGCUGAAGAAGAUCAGAGCGGCGCUGCUUCAACAACCUGCUGCUCAUGUAAAUUGCUAAAGAAAGCUGAUCUAGAAAGCGGUGGUGCAGAAACUAAAACUACUCAUUCUCAUGGUAUAACCCAUCGUCUUCGAAAGUCUUUGGCUUGCAAGAACCAAGGAGCUGCUGCAGCCAAGAAAGACAACAUCAAAAGCUUCAUCCAUUCGUUUCGUUCGGUGACGGAGCUCAAGGCAAAGGGCAUCCAUUUCAAACCAAGCCCAACCCAAUCUUUAAUGGAUGUCAACUUCAAAUCCAACUUCUUCUACGCCACCCUCCAACUCCCCGAGUGGGGGGUCUCCACCAAAACUAAGGUCACCUUCAUGAACUUGGUCGCCUACGAACUCAGCCCUAGCAGCCCGGCCAACGGCCAGGUCGCAUCGUACAUCACCUUCAUGAAGUCGCUCAUGGAGAGGCCGGAAGACGUGAAGGAGCUGCGAGAGAGGAGAAUCUUCAUCAACAUGCUUGGCAGCGACGAAGAGGUUUUCAACAUCUACAAAGAUAUCAAUACACACGGGGCCGAUAAUCUGGAAAUUUUUCGUGCAGUGAAAGACGACAUCCAAGCACAUUAUAAUAGUAGUGUCAAGACAUGGAUGGCUGAACUCAUCCACACUAAUUUUCGAUCUCCCUGGACCAUCACCGCGUUUCUUGCUGCCGUUGCAUUACUUGCAAUAUCUGCCGGUCAGCUCUACUACGCCGUGAAUCCUAACUAGCUCCAACUGAAGAUUAAUUGAUCAGCACAUACCCAUCUCUUUCAACUGUGUGUGCAUAUCUACGCCCUGGAUCUCCCCUUAGAGCAUCCACUAUGGAUCAGCACAUACCCAUCUGUUUCAACUGUGGUUUGAUUGUCUUUGGGGCGGCAAUUAAUUAAUGUAGAGACAAAUAUUAUAGAGAAGUUAAUGGUGUGAAAUGUUUGGAUGAUGAUAGGUUAUCAAUUGAUUUUGGUCGUGAUUAAGAUCGGAAACCUGAUAAUAAUUUUGAUUGUUUUCUUCA